UUACGACCAGUUCUUGCAGGAAAACCUCGGUUACUUAUGUUACUCCUGCUUCUAAUUUCAACCCCUCUUGAAGCGACUGCGAAAACGGACUUUGGGCGAUGCGGUGCACUCGUCAAGGAAUUGGCAAAAAACAAUUCCCUUCCGCCCGAGGAUAUCUACACCGGUCCUGUAAAAGGUCCGCUGGGUCGGCUACAAAACACCGAAAAUCCGGUACUCCUGUUAACGUUUGCCGCCUGCGAGAAGCACUGCGGUAGUACACCGGCAUUCUACAGCUGGGAUAAAUCCUCCGAUACAAUCACGACCUGGGUACUCCCUCUUAUGGGGCUAAUUCUGCAGGCCCCCUUCGAGAGCAAUCGUUUCCAACAAACCAUGUUUCUUCUAUUCCGGUGGGUGGGUUCUCCCAUGGUUUCCAUGAUGUGCAUUUUGUGGAACAUGAAGGUUACUAGGAAGUGUGCUACCAUGGUUGAAAUGAGCGUCGGGGAAAACGAGCGGCCACUACCGGACAGCAGAUUUGCCGGAUUUAGAGACUCCUUAUACCUCCUUAGCGUGAUCAAUCAAUACGAACUCGGUAUCCGCCCACAGCUAGAAGAACGUCGCGUAGAGGAAAUCCUCCGCGUGGCCCUAUUCGACAGGAGGCCCGAAAUUGAACAAAUGAGGAGCAGAGUAGCCGCAAGCAUCCGCCGGGAACGCCGUCGGGGAGUUGUCCAAGUCCUAGUAUCUCUAGCCUGGUUCCUGGUGGCAAUGGCUAUCUCAAUAAACAAGGCCUUCGGGGACCUCGGGAAGAACACAACAGCUCACAACCUCGCACUGGGCUUGCUGGUGUCCUGGUUCCCAGUUCUCGUGGCCGCGACAAUCGUUGACAGAAACCCAACUGAUGCCCAUUAUGUCCGCGCCAAGUUGAACAAGUACCUCCGUGGAGUCAUGGUGACCAUUCAUGCACCCCAGACACCCCCUGGAGUCGCCGAAACCAACUUUUUCAGAAAGUUUGCGGGCCAAGGCCGCGUCCGCUGGCACUUUGGUGUGGCGCACUCAAUCCUCCGCACGCUAGAAGCUAUGCCCAGGGUGGGACGCCGCGGUUUAUUAGACAUAUACGAACAAACUAAUGAGCUCGUGGAAAGAACCUACUCCCCCCUCCUGAGCUCUGACAUCAGCCAGGGAUGGCAGAUGAUAUAUUCCUUCAUGAUGGUCUGCUCCUGCAGCAUGGGCGCCUUUCUCGUUAGCUAUUCUACUCCCACUGUCGGCUUGAGCUGCCGCUCCGGGGGGUACACUAUCUUUGGACUCAACGCCUUUGGCUGCAUGCUCAUGGAAAUGGCUGCAUGGGCGCUCCUGCGCCGGGACACUCAACGGAGGGUGGCACAGUGGAUCCUACGAUUCUGCGAAUUUACAAACUUCUGCUGGCUUGUGUACAUAAUUGCCGCGCAGACUUUCGGGAUCUACUCUUCCUGCCGCUGUAUGUCGAGCUUGUGGGGUGGCGGCGGUGGGUACGUGGACUUUGAGAGCGUGCAAUACUACAAGUCCUACGGCAUUGAGCUCAGCUGGACUAUGGCCACAUUCAUCACA